AUGCCAAUCAAAUCAUUAGAGUCUUACUUGUUUGAGAGAUCUUUGGUGGGCUCCUAUUCCAUAGAGAGCUUAGCCAAUUGCACUCUAGGUAUUGAUGUUAACCACUAUGUGUCAAGGUUACUUACCAGCAAGAGGGAGCAGUACUUGGAUGCAAUUGGGGGUUUUCCCACUAGCUUAAAGCUGUACUUGGAAAGCGAUUUGAAAGUUUACAAUGAGUAUAAUAUCACCCCAAUUUUCAUUUUCAAUGGGUCGUUGACUCAUGAUCAAUUGGAGAAUGAAGGUUAUUUCUCAGCUGCGUCAAAGGAGUCUGCUAAAGCUGCAUCUAAUGGUGCGACAACUUCAGGUCCAAAUGCUGCGACUAACCCAACAAUGCGCUCAAACAAGGAGACUGUCCUGGCCCAGAGACAUAGAGCUUGGACUCAGUGGAACAACCUUGUUACCAGCAACCAAGAGUCAUACAUUGACCAACCAAUCCAGCCACAAGAACCAUUUAGAUAUACAACUACAAUCGAUCCAAAGGCAUAUCAAGCAGAUCUUAUUUCUUACUUUAUCGAACACGAUAUAAUGUACCAAGUUGCACCAUAUACUUCAUGGAUUCAACUUGCAUAUCUAUUUGAGAAUGAGUUCAUCGAUGCUAUUUACGGCCCAACAGACUGUCUAAUGCUUCCAAAGGUAGACAAGUUUAUCUUAGGUAUGGAAUUCCCAAAUAAAGAGUUUAGAUUUAUUGAAAAGUCAAGAGUCCUAAAGGAGUUUGGCAUUACUCAUGAGGAGUUAGUUGACAUUUCCAUGGCUGUUGGAAAUGACUUGCAACCAGUCACAUUACCUCCAUUGCAAAUCUAUCCUGUUCCACAACUUUUUGAUAUUGCUUUGGAAAUGGUUUUGAAUGCAGGGACAAAUUUCUACACAUAUGAAUUAACCAAUCCUAUCAAAUCCGAAAAAGAUCAAUAUUUGAUUAAAUAUCAAAAGGGCUACGCAGCCUUGAAGUUUAUGCCUGUCUUGAAAGCGAACGGUAGAGUGGAACUUUUGAGUGAGAAUGAGAAUUCUGAUGAAGCCCAAAAAGAAAAUUCGGCUACACACACUUCCCCAGGUGAAUCCGAUAAUGAAAAGAAGAAAAGUAUCCCCAGUGCUUCAUUUGAUGAUCCUGACGCAAUUCCUGCUGAUGUUCACGAUUUUAUUGCUCAAAGAUUGCCACAUGAGUAUUACUUUUACCGUUCCAUUGGUUUGGUUACAGGAAAGUUGUUUGAUGCGAUUACAACUGGAGUUUAUCCAGAAGAGCCACCAUUGGAUGGUGGCUCUUCCAAUUCAUACAGAAAGCUUGUCGAAAAAUCCGUUGAUGCCUUUAAGAAUCAAGAGGUAAACUUGCUUACUCAACCAAUUAACAGAUACUACCAGAUCAAACAAAUUAAACAUGUCAAAUGGUUUGCCCCAGAGGAAAGCGUUCAAUUGACCAAUAGAAUGACACCUUCAGCUUUUGAAAAAAUUAAUCGAAUAAUAGUGAAAACUGAUAGUGAAGCUCCAUUUUCACUACUAUCAUUUUUACAAUUGUUGUCAACUUCAGACAAUUUAGGUGACAAAUUUAUCUCAAAUGAAGUUAUUUUCCCUGCAUCAGUGAAUCAUGAAAAGAAACUACACAGCGCUUUUGAUUUGCUUGCGACAUGUUUUUUGAGAACAUUAGUUGUUCUAGGGUUCUUUGAUUGUAACAUAUCGAAGAAGGAAUUAACUCCAACAAAAUGGGGUGAGGUCUUGAUGAAAUUACCAGAACUACAGGUAUCCAAGGACUACAUCGAACCAAUUUUCAUUUUGAUGGUGUUCUUAAAACUAGAUGUGCUUGAACUAGGAAAAGAUACUGUACCAUCUACCACUUCAGCACUAUCUGAAGCCACACUAAGAUCGUAUCCAGAUGCUUCACAACAUAUUUUAAUAAUAGCCAGAAUCUUAACACUAUUCCAGAUUAAACAAAAGCCAUCUAACUACCAUGGUCCAAUAGAUAAGAAGACACUUGUUUUCAGAGAUCACCUGGCAUUUGUUAAAGAGAAUCUGAAUGAACUGUUUGAAGCAAUAACCGUUUCCUCAUUAACAUCUGGUGAAUUUGAUAGAUUAAACCUAGAUAAUUUUAACUGGAAAAAGUCUGUUGUGAGAAGUAUGCCAUUUAAACUAGACACACCAAAUACCAUAAUGGCUAUGAUGUGGGAGUUCUUUUUGCAAAAAUAUCUUCACAAUGGCAAUGCCAAAGCGGACGCGUUGUCAUUGGUGGCUACUGAUUUCAGUACUUACAAGUCCACUCCAGACCUUGAUGAAAAAUUCCAAGAAUCUUUAGAAUUCUUACAACAGGUUAAAGCAGUUGCAAAAGAACUGGCAAAUAACAAUCUAAUAAAAGCCUCUGAUGCAUCACUACUAUCAGCUGCUACAGAUUUUGCUAUAUCUGCUUAUUCAUCUUCCUAA